GCCGCGAAGAGCGGGGGGAUGCUGAGCCCCGCCGCCCGGCACCGCGCCCGCCUCCGGGAGAUGCUCUUCGUGCUCGCUCUGUGGCUGGCGUGGCAAGAAGCGCCCGCGGCGCCGACCCCCGCGGCGGAGGACAUCACCCGGGGAGUUGACUGGCUGACAAAAUUUGGGUAUCUGCCUCCUCCGGACCCUGUCACGGGGCAGCUGCAGACGCAGGAGGAGCUCACCAAGGCCAUCACUGCCAUGCAGAGGUUCGGGGGGCUUGAGGCCACAGGAGUCCUAGAUGAAGCCACCCUGGAGCUGAUGAAGACCCCUCGCUGUUCUCUGCCUGACCUCACCAUUGAAGAGACCAGGAGGAAGCGAUUUGCCCAGGCUGUCACCAAGUGGAGCAAAAGGAACUUGUCCUGGAGAGUUCGCACCUUCCCAAAAGAGUCCCACCUGGGCCACGACACUGUCCGAGCCCUGAUGUACUAUGCCCUGAAGGUCUGGAGUGACAUCACCCCGCUGAAUUUCCAUGAAGUGGCUGGAAACAAUGCUGACAUCCAGAUAGACUUCUCCAAGGCAGAUCACAAUGAUGGCUAUCCCUUUGAUGGGCCCGGUGGGACGGUGGCACAUGCUUUCUUCCCCGGAGACCAUCACACUGCAGGGGACACUCAUUUUGAUGAUGACGAAUAUUGGACCUUCCGAUCAUCAGACACUCAUGGGAUGGAUCUAUUUGCUGUAGCUGUCCAUGAGUUUGGUCAUGCCAUCGGCUUGACCCACAUCUCUGCCAUAGAGUCUAUCAUGAGACCCUACUACCAAGGUCCAGUGGGGGAUCCCCUGAAGUACGAUCUGCCUUACGAGGACAAAGUCCGGAUCUGGCAACUCUAUGGAGUCAGGGAAUCUGUGUCCCCCACAGCCAAGCCUGAAGUCAGCAAAACAAAUGAUCAUCCAAUCCUGCCAGAGCUGCCAGAGAACCGCUCCACUGUCCCCCUCAGGCGGGACGUGCCCAACAGAUGUAACACGCACUUUGAUGCAGUGGCCCAGAUCCGGGGAGAGGCUUUCUUCUUCAAAGGCAAGUACUUCUGGAGACUGACUCGCAAUAAGCACUUGGUCUCCCUCCAGCCGGCUCAGAUUCACCGUUUCUGGCGGGGCUUGCCGCUCAACCUGGACAGCCUAGACGCAGUCUACGAGAGAACCAGCGACCACAAGAUUGUCUUCUUCAAAGGAGACAGAUACUGGGUCUUCAAAGAUAACAAUGUGGAGGAAGGGUACCCACGACCCAUUUCGGACUUUGGCCUGCCCCUGGGAGGAAUUGACGCUGCUUUCUCCUGGGCUCACAAUGACAAGACUUAUUUCUUUAAGGACAAUCUCUACUGGUGCUACGAUGACCACGAGCGGAGGAUGGAUCCCGGCUAUCCUUCAGAGGCCAUCCCGUGGAAGGGAAUACCCAGCCCUUUAGAUGAUGCCAUGAGGUGGUCAGAUGGUGCAAGUUACUUCUUUAAGGGCAAGGAGUACUGGAAGGUGCUGGACAGUGAUCUGGAGGCGCAGUCCGGGUACCCACAGUCCAUCGCCAGGGACUGGCUGGUGUGCAGUGACAUGCAGGCCGACGCCCCCGAGGCAGCCGGGAGCAGCAGGACUGGGGCACGCUCCAGGCCGGGACAGCACGACGAGAGCCGCUCAAAGAACGGUUACGAGGUCUGCUCCUGCACCUCGGGCACCCCAUCCCCGCGCCCUCACCCCACACCCGGACCGACUGCCAGCCUCAUGCUGGCUGUGUGGACAGCAGCACUGGUUUGUGUGGCCCUCUGACGGCUCAUCUCACCAUCAGGACAACACCGUGGUGCUUCGGAAUACAGCUCUGUGAUUGCUAACUGUUCCAAGCAGAAAAAAAGACAUUCCUAAGAACAUGCCAGUGAAGGGUUUGAAUUCUCCAUGAGAAAUGAACAGUGAUUUUGUUUUGGGGUUUACUUUCUUCUUAAUUUUAGUUUAAAGGUCUAAUAACAGAGUUGAGUUCUGCAUCUUCUUAUUCCCCCAUCCAGUUAAAGAUAAGAGCAGCCUUAUGUUGAAUUUAGAAAUGCUUCAUAGAGAUGUGUUGCUCUGGAUGUUCAAACACAGCAAAUGACAGAGGGGAGAGCUCCUGGGAUGGAAUGGGGGCAGAAGAGAUGCUGCUGAGAUAGAUGGCAACAGAAAGGCAGCCAGCAGGAGAUAGCAGUUGUGUGCUGACACAAUGUACACAUCCCAUUGGAUGUACUAGGCAGAAGAAACCGUGACUCCACUAAGAUUAACUGCAAGGUGAUCAUUAUUUACUGUCAAGCCUGCUGUAGUCACUGGUGUCUGGGUAACCUGUAUCAGUUUCUAUGGGUCAGAAACACCUUUGCCUUUCGGAAGGUGCCGCAGCUUAUCUUUGUAUACGAGUCAUUGUAAUUUAACAGUUUCUCUAAUAAACCUUGGCCGCCUACAUGGA